UUUUCAAACAUUUUUGUUUCCCCGGUCCCCAGAUAUAGCGAAGCCAUUAUUGACGACGGCGAACGGUUUUCACCGUAUCAAGGCUCUCAAUUUCAACGUAAUACAACUGAAGGUCACUCUCAGUUGUUGAUCAAAACGAGAGUUUGUUUCCAUACAGUCGGCAUACUUUUAUUUGAAUUGCGUCUUCCCAUAGUGCGCAAAGUUAUUCCUCCAAAUUUGUGUUAAGAAUUUCUUGUUUUCUUCUGAACGCUUUGUUGACGGACAUAUUUAAAAUAGAAAAUGAAGAAGCCCGUAAUGGUGGUCAUCUUUUCCGUGUUCGGAAUCAUCCUCGGAAUGGCAUCUGUUGGCGUACAGUUGGCAGCUCUGAUAUUGUACACGAGAAUCACUGAGUACGUUGAAGUUGGUUACGAUGUCGUCGCUUGCGGAAUCUGGUGCGGAUUUCUCUACAUCGGAGCCGGAGCCCAGGGCCUCUACUCUUCAUACAAUCGUCCGAAAGCUUUGAUGUUGACGGUGUUCACGGCUGGCAUUGCAGUAUGCGGGGCCCUUGUGGCCUCCACUCUAUCUGGCUUAACAGCCUCUUCCGGUUAUACGUCCGGCUGCAGCGCCUACCAUUAUACUUCCUCUUGUGUACCUUGGAGAGAGCUGGAAUGGUCGCUCAUGACAAUCAGCAUUUUAUCGGGAUUAAACAAUAUUACUUUAAUGUAUUUCGCCUAUGCAGCUCGCAAGUCGAGCAAGUGCCAACCAAGAUCAUUUCAAACUAGAAUAAAUACUAUUGCUGUCGAAGGAGAACCGCCGGGUCCUUAUUCGGAUUCCAGGAGAAAUACUAGCAGGCCUCAAUCUGGUGGCAAUAGAGAACCUGUCAUUCAGCAGGCUGACAUUUAACAGCGCUGAUUUUCAAUUCACAUUUUGUUUUUUCUUCGCAAGAUUUCACGGGCGUAGUGUAAAUAUACGACAUCACAUUA